AUGAAUCCUCCAAGUCCUCCGAAUCCUCCAAGCCCCCAAAAUCCUAGUAACCCAGAAUCCGUCCAUGUCCUUGAAAUCCUCCAAGUCCCUCUGGAAUCCUCCACUCCAAGGUGCCUAGACGAAUCCUCCAAGUUGCCCCCCACCAAUUCCUCCCCUCCAAGUCCCUGCCGAAUCUUCAAGAGACCCCCGAAAUCCUCCAAAAUCCCACACACUCUAAGUCCUACCGGAAUCCUCCAAGUUCCCCCAAAUCCUCUAAGUCCUCCGAAUCCUCCAAGUCCUCUGAAUCCUUCAAGUCCCCCAAAUCCUCCAAGCCCUCGGAAUCCUCCAAGUCCCCCGAAUCCUCCAAGUCCUCCAGAUCCUCCAAGUCCUCUGAAUCCUUCAAGUCCCCCAAAUCCUCCAAGUCUCCUGAAUCCUCCCUCCAAGUCCCCUGAAUCUUCCAAGUCCCCUGAAUCCUCCAAGUCCUCCAAAUCCUCCAAGUCCCCCGAAUCCUCCAAGUCCUCUAAAUCCUCCAAGUCCCCAAAUCAAUCCAACCACCGUCUCGGAAUCCUACCAAGGUCCCCCGAAUUCCGUUCAAGUCCUCCGAAUCCUUCAUGUCCUCUGAAUCUUCAAAGUCCCCUGAAUCCUCCACUUCCUCCAAAUCCUCCAAGUCCUCCCUCCAAGUCCUCCAAAUCCUUCAAGUCCUCUGGAUCCUCCAAGUCCCUCCAAAUCCACACUCAAAGUCCUCCGAAUCCUCCAAGUCCCCUGAAUCCUCUAAGUCAUCCAAAUCCUCCAAGUCUUCCGAAUCCUCCAAGUCCCCCAAAUCCUGUAAGUCAUCCAAAUCCUCCAAUUUCUUUGAACCAAAUUUUCCAAGCCCCCAAAUCCUCCAAGUCCUCCGAAUCCUCCUUGUCCUCUGAAUCUUCAGAGUCCCCUGAAUCCUCAACGUCCUCCGAAUCCUCCAAGUCCUCCAAAUCUUCAGAGUCCCCUGGAUCCUCCAAGUCCCCCGAAUCCUCCCUCAAAUCCCCCGAAUCAUCCCUCCAAGUCCUCGGAAUCCUUCAAGUCCCCCGAAUCCUCUUCCCAAGUCCCCUGAAUCUUCCAAGUCCCCCAAAUCCUCCUCCCAAGUCCUCCAAAUCCUUCAAGUCCUCCGAAUCGUCCAAGUCCUCUGAAUCCUUCAAGUCCUCCAAAUCCUCCAAGUCCUCCGAAUCCUCCAAGCCCCCAAAAUCCUCCAAGUCCUCCGAAUCCUUCAAGUCAUCUGAAUCUUCAGAGUCCCCUGAAUCCUCCACAUCAUACGAAUCAUCUAAGUCCUCCGAAUCCCCCCUCAAAGUCCUCUGA